AUGGAUCCUAAUGAGUUGCAAGCUCAUACGAAAAAGCUCCGAAGAAUCGCUCGUAAAGCUUACGACAAUCGGGUAUCCUUUGAUGCUAUCACUUCCAAUCAUCAUCGGAAAGUACUCGACAAAGCCAUCAGAAAUGUUCUUUCGACCGAACUAGCGAUCUUCACAUACGCACAAAUCAUCGAUGGCCUCCCUAUAGCUGACGUUGCCUGGGACCGCCGGCUUCCAGGGAUUAUGGGAGAACACAUCAUCGAUGAUCAUGAGAUCUUAUGCCCUGGGGCUUUAGAGAAGGCACAAGAAUAUCAUGAGAACUGGCAACCUUCUAGCCUUAUGUUUGAUCCCGAGACAGUGAAAUCGUACCAGAAAGCAGCACCUGGCUCUAAACAUUUUAAUGUCCGCCUAGUUGAGCUGGUAGCUGUAUCUUUGCAUCAAAUAGCGGUGUUACUAUUCCAAGCCGAUCAUCGGCUUCAUCAAGGUGACAUCGAUGCCGUUACGAAUUGGAAGAUGCCUUUGUCAGAGACCAUGAUUGAUGUGCUACCUGGUCCUACGCUCUUUAGCCACCACGCAUAUCUUGACGAUGAUAUAUAUCCAGAGGGGGUCGCUGAUAUUGUCGGUUAUUGGGCGGAGGAUAGAAUAUUUGGCGGUGUAGCUGUAUUUGAUCGACGUCCAGGAGGCCCCAACGACAUCCCCAACAUCUACUUCCAUCCAUGCCGCCAGCGACAAACGAUACGAGUCUAUCAACUACGAGACGAGCAACAGCAAGCUUUGUUAGAUUUUCUUUUACAAGACGAGCCGUCAGCACCCCCUUCGCCUCUGCCAAUACUAGGCGAUAAGCAGAACAGGAUACGCGUAGAUGCACCCAUGGCCAUCACGCACUUCCACAUUUACAGGGAUAUUUGGGAGCGUAAGCCCCUCAAUAUAAUUGACUUGAGAAUCUUUGAGAAACGGCCAAAGGACGAGAUAGAUUAUCCAGAAGUUGGGGACUUGGUACGCCGUAUCAAUGCACAGCAUGGUAUCCCAAUUCCACGCCCUCGACCACGGUCUAUGUCGCCUCCAGCUAGAGACCAUGGAGAGGAGAACAAGUACAGAGAUCGCAGAUGA